AACGCCAUUGUUUUAGAUAAGAUAUCACAUAGGAAUUCGACAUGGGAAACUCUCUUUUCUUCUCCUCCCUUCUCUUCCUCUUUUGCUCCACCGGUUUUUGCAUCGAUUCAAACAUUUCUUCAUGCCCAAUCGAUCUCAGUUACGUAGAAACCUUCCCAUGGGAUAAAUCCACAUGCCUCGACCCUGAUGGAACGCAGUGCUGCCAAGCGCUCAUCAGUCUCUUUGGCAUAGGAAUUGCUCAGCACCUUAAGGAGACAUCCUUGUUUCAGUUACCGAACGCAGUGGCUGCAGCUUCUUGCGUGUCUGAUUUUCAGAACAAGCUUGCUGCCUUGACAAUACGGCCAUCUUUAGUCACUUCUUGCAUACACAACUCCACCCAGUUUGUUAGCAACGCUUCGAGUUGUGCAGGAAUUAUAACAAUCCAAGAUUGGAUUGAAAAGGUUGGUCCGGUGACUGUAUUAGACACUGCUUGCAGAGGUGACGUGACCGGGUUAAAGUGUAGGUCCUGUAUUGAAGCUGGAUACAGUGUGCUUUCCACAUUAUUGAGUCUUGAUCCAAAUGCCACAAAAUGUUUUGACUUCACGGUCGUGUAUGCUAUAGGUGUGAUCAAUGAGUUCGGUCCAAAGGAUCCUGGCGCAGCUGAUUGCAUUCUAGGCUUACCCUUGGAUAGUUCAACAACAGACAAGGCAAAGAAAAAAUCAAGCAGCGAAACCUUGCUCAAACUGGUUUUUGGUUUCCUGGGCGCUUUCUUUGGUGUUUUGCUUGCCUUUACACUAAUCAUCUUGUACAGGAAAUGGGAUAAGAGGAACAAGAGAAAUGCUCCACAUAGAAGAUUCGUUAACACUUUCAGGGCAAACGUGUUACCAAACUCAGGUGCCAAGUGGUUUGGUUUAUCAGAGCUCGAACGAGCCACUAACGGAUUUUCUCAAAGGAAUUUGAUAGGCCAAGGUACAUAUGGAGUUGUGUACAAAGGAACUCUUGCAGAUGGUACUUUGGUUGCAGUGAAACAGAUUCUUGAUUUGGACUCAAAAGGCGAUGAAGAGUUUUCCAAUGAAGUUGAGAUCAUAAGCAAAAUAAGGCACAGAAACCUUCUUUCUCUUCGUGGUUGUUGUGUCACAAGCGACAUGGUGAAAGGUAGAAGAAGAUAUCUUGUUUAUGAUUUCAUGUCAAAUGGCAAUCUUGGUGAUCAUUUGUUCAAUGAUUUUAGUAGGCAGCGAUUGAGUUGGCCUCAACGCAAGAAUAUAAUUCUUGAUGUGGCUAGAGGUCUGGCUUACUUGCACUAUGGAAUUAAACCAGCCAUCUAUCAUCGAGACAUUAAGGCCACUAACAUACUUCUAGACUCAGAAAUGAAAGCAAAAGUUGCCGAUUUCGGAUUAGCAAAGCAGAGUUUAGAAGGGCAGUCUCAUCUCACCACCAGGGUUGCUGGCACACAUGGUUAUUUGGCACCAGAGUACGCUCUCUACGGACAAUUAACAGAGAAAAGUGAUGUUUACAGCUUUGGGAUUGUGAUUCUUGAAAUUAUGAGUGGGAGGAAAGUACUUGAUACAUCAAAUUCAUCCUAUCUGUUGAUCACGGAUUGGGCCUGGAAGCUUGCAAAAUCAGGCAAUGAGCAAGAAAUUUUCGAUGAAUCGAUAAGAGAGCAAGGGCCCAAAGGGGUGAUGGAGAGGUUUGUUCGGGUGGGGAUUCUUUGUGCUCAUGUCAUGGUGGCUUUCAGGCCAAAAAUCGCUGAAGCUCUGAAGAUGUUAGAGGGUGAUACUGACAUUCCCAAUUUACCAGACAGGCCAUUGCCACUUAGUCAUGAGUCCUUUAAAUCAUCUUUGGGGAGUGGUGCAUCAAGAAGUACUACAUCAAGAACUAGCUUAAACAUGUCCCUAGUAUAGAUUAUUUCUAUCCUUGUGGCUAGGUUUGGAAAAGCUUCCGCACCAGCCAGCCACCAUAUAUAGUUCUUGGAUUCAUGGUAAGCCUUUUUUUUCCUUAUCUUUUCCUCUCUCUUAUACAUCUAGGCACCCUACUGGUCAUUGAUCCCAAAAUCGAGUGAUUAGAAAUUAGGAUACAACGUGAAAAGUAUAAAGAGUUGCACAACAUAUAGUCAAGUUAAUUAACUAAUCUUGUAAGCUUUCAUUCUUUUCUAUGUAUCUUGGUCAUACAUGUUUAACCAGACAAGUCAUUACCUAGAAUUAUUCAAUUCAAACUUUCAAAGAUUGUUUUGUUUGGAAUGAAAAUCUUCUGCCCUAUUUUAUAAAUUAACUGAUGGGUUAAUCUGCUCUAGUCACUCCUGUUAGAGUCAGCGUCUUUAAAUGAAUAAGAAUGCUAGUGUCUUCCCUUUCUCUAA